GAAUUCGACAGAGACAGCGAUGGAUAUCCCGAAACUUACACAGGAGCAGGCGCGUGCGGCACUGGAGGAGGUGACGGCGAUCUUUGAGAAGGAGGAGUCUGUGGCGCAGCUUGAGGCUGUCAAGAGCGAGGCCGGCGGCGAUCUGAUGAAGUGGAUGCAGAUGGUGGUGCCGAUGGUGAUGGAGAUGCAGAAGCCGGUGCUGCUCAAGUACGGCUUUGCCGAUAACCAGGCUGCAGCCAUGCAGUUUGCGCUCGCGCUCAACACCGCCGCAGGCGAGGACGAGGAGAUGAAGGCCCGCGUCGCCGCGCUCCGCUCGCAGUUUAUGCCUCCCGGCAUCCAGGUGCCUGGCGGCAAGAAGUAGCUGUCUGCCCUUGCUUUGACCUGAUCCGCCCUCGUCCUGCUCGAUGUGGUCGGCUCCGACUCGAGUCUAGCCUCUUGUGAAUGAAGAGCAGCGGCCAUGACCGGGCUGAUCUUC